AAUACAAACGUCCAUGCAAUACGGAUACGACACGACAAAUGUUCCCAUCCAAAAUCCCCCUCAUUCGCUACGGUCUUCGCAUUGGAUCCAGCCCAAUGCUUCCCUGUUUCUCAUUCACCAAAGGAAAACUUGUGGACUUGGCACGGUGGCCCAAACUAAAUUUUACUUAAUCGUUCGACACUCCUCCUGGUCGCCUGUCACCAUGAAACCUGGCGCAGCUUACCCAUCGGACCUGUGUUGGACGGCCCCGCUUGCGCUGAUCGAUCGCCGCCACCUUCAUGACGAUACGGAGUUUGGAAUUGUUGUUGUUGGACAUAUUGUGGUUCGUUGCUUGGAGGCAGCGGUGGGGUCGGUGCUUUGCCUCGGAGUCGAGAUAAGAUACGGAGUCGGCGAUCUGGUGUACAGCACGUCUUCCAAAGGAUCGGUGGUUUUGUUGAUGUGCCAGGCAUCUACCCAUACCGCUGUUACUUUAAGUGAUGGUGCCAGUGUGUGAGAUGACUUACGCUCUAGCAUGGUCCUCUCCCGACCUUCGACAGGGUCUGAGAGACGGUUAAUGUGGCAACUACAUCGACGUGAAAAGUCAACCCACCUCGAAUAUGGGGUAUGCGCGGAGGCCUCGGUACGGGUGCCUGUAACGCAUUUGAAGACUGUGCUGCAUAGUCAUGCCCAUGGGAAGAAUCCCUGCUCCCGUCCGAAGCUGGAUUAUGGUGCGCUCGGGGCCGCCUGAUGGCAGCGAUCUCAUGAGCUAGGAAGGUUUAUCAGUACGUCAUCCCCAUCGGGUAGGAUGCUUUGUACCUGAGAGUGACGGCGCUGGAGCGACAGGCGGUAGUGGCGGCGGUGGUGGGUGCUUUUUCCUUUUUUUCUCCAUCUCCAUCUCGUCAACGAGCUCUUUGAGGAAUUUGCUCCUCAUCUGGCUCAUCCUCUUCCCCCACUCUACUUCCUCCGGCGGGUCUUCGUUUUCCCGAGAAGCUUCCUCUUGGGUAAGCGGAGCCAUUAGGGGAGCCUUGCCGGGAUGCGUUCGUGAAUAUUCGUCAUCGAAAGGGUUAGUCGUGUCUGGUGCUGAAAGAUAGUGGAACAUCAGCCAUAGGAAAACUCGCGCGCGGGACGCCGAGGAGACUGGAACAGGGAGGAAUAGAUCC